UCUGAAUUGUAUAAUUAAGGGGGAUGAUUUUAUGGUGUGUAACUUAUGCCUCAUUAAAGCUGCUAAAGGCAGUAACUGUACUGUUACCUUCUCUCUGAAAAUUCUUUUAAUGAAGAAAAUCAGCUUGUUUAACAAAAAGAGUGAAAGGAGAUGAGUGCAACGAGACUCUUUUCUGUGAAGCUGAAUGAUGGAUACUUCAUGCCUGUUCUGGGACUUGGCACCUCGGCUCCUCCUGAGGUUGCUAAGAGUAAGGUGGAGGGCGCCAUCGAGACAGCAAUUGAUGUGGGCUAUCGCCACAUUGAUUCGUCCUGUGUAUACCUGAAUGAGGAGGAGAUUGGGAAAGCCAUCCAGAAGAAGAUUGCCAAUGGCACUGUGAAGAGAGAUGACAUAUUCUUCAGUUCGAAGCUGUGGCUCACCUUUUUCCGCCCAAAAUUGGUCCAAACUGCCCUGGAAAUGUCGCUAAGGAAACUCCAGCUAAGCUACGUGGAUCUUUUUCUUAUUCAUUUCCCAACAGCUUUGAAGCCUGGGGAGGAGAUUUUCCCAAAGGACUCCCAUGGGAAAAUCAUUUUUGACACAGUGGAUCUCUGUAGCACUUGGGAGGCCCUGGAGAAGUGUAAGGAGGCAGGAUUGGCCAAGUCCAUUGGUGUGUCCAACUUUAACCGCAGGCAGCUGGAGAUGAUCCUCAACAAGUCAGGGCUCAAGUACAAACCUGUCUGCAACCAGGUGGAAUGUCACCUGUACCUCAACCAGAGCAAACUGCUGGAAUUCUGCAAGUCCAAGGACAUUGUCCUCAUUGCAUACAGUGCCCUAGGCUCCGAUCCCAAGAAGGACUGGGUGAAGAAGGACAACCCAGUUCUCCUGGAGGACCCAGUACUCAAUGCCAUCGCUGACAAGCACCAGCGAACCCCAGCUCAGGUGGCCCUACGCUAUCAGCUGCAGCGGGGGGUGGUGGUCCUGGCCAAGAGCUUCAGUGAGAAGAGAAUCCAAGAAAACUUCCAGGUUUUUGACUUCCAAUUGACACCAGAGGAUAUGAAAACUCUAGAUGGCCUCAACAGGAACAUCCGUUUUUUAAAUGUUACUCUUUUUGCUGACCACCCGGACUUUCCAUUUCAUGAUGAAUAUUAAUGACAAGUGUGUGAGGAUGCUCCCAUUUUUAAAUGUGGCCCAGGGUUGGAGAUCACCUCAAGGAUGAGAAGGUGUCUGUUGUGUUCCAUGCCUCAUACCCGGGUCAGUUACAAUAAAGAUUGUGUGUCUGGGUCAGG